AUAAGAUAAAGGAGGCGCCGUUGGACAAAGAGAAGGCUGUCCCUCAUCAGCGCCUCCUCCUGUGCGGUGCUUGGAGUAAACAAACCUGCUCCACUACCUCCUCCACCACCACCACCACACAACGGCCCUGCUCACGCCUUUUCACCACACCCACGCCCGCUCCCAUCCUUCUCAGAAACAAAGUAAAGACGCCACCUGUGACCUGCGGUGGUGAGUGGCAGGUGCGAGGCAAGACCAGUAGGGAGGUGACCACGUGCACUGCUGACUCCAGGCAACCCAGCCAGCCAGCCAUGUCUAACAAGCUAGAAGAGGCACAGAAGGAUGUGGAGGAGAUGCGCACACUGAUGACAUCUGCCUCCCGCAAGCGUGUGCAGGACAUGCUGGCGAACGAAUUGCGUCGGAUGGAGAUUGAGGUGACCCAGCUCCAGGAGGCAGCUGUGAAUGCAGCCACUCUGCAGCAGCAGCAGAACCCAAAGACAUCCACCCCCACUACCUACAAUGUCAACAUCAGGAAUUACUCUUGGGACCAAUCAGACAAGUUCACCAAGCUGUACUUGAUGCUGAAGAAUGUACAAAGCCUACCCAAGGAGUCUGUCACCUCAUCAUUCACUGAGAAGGGUGUGGAAGUCAAGGUGGAGGGUCUGGAUGGAAAGAACCACCACCUGCGCAUCACCAACCUGGCCGGUGCCAUCAAGCCCGACGCCAGCUACCACAAAGUGAAAACAGACAUGGUGGUGGUGCUGAUGGCCAAAGUUGAGAACGGCACCAAGUGGUCUGGGCUGACGGCUGAGGAUGUGAAGGCCAGCGAGGCUCGCAAGCCCAAGACUGACUCCUCUGACCCCAACUCCGGCAUCAUGGACCUCAUGAAGCAGAUGUAUGAUGACGGUGACGACAAGAUGAAGCAGAUGCUUAACAAGACGUGGUAUGAGAGCCAGCAGAAGACCUUACGUGGAGAAUCAGGGAUGCCAGGGAUGCCAGGAAUGCCAGGAAUGCCAGGGAUGCCAGACCUGGACCUCUAGCCUGGCACAAGUCUCAGUGCUGCAUGUUUAGAGGCAGUGAUGUAGGCCAGCCAUGACACCAGAUUAGUAACAGUUUUAGAUUUGUCAGUUCUUGAUUUGAUAUUGUUUCUUGUUGAAAUUUGCAGUGCCCACCAUUGGCAUUUGCUAACUUGUUUGUGAUAUGAGACAAAGUUUUCAUAUGACUCCCUUUGUUUUUUUGUGUGUAAAUUUUCUGCAACUCGUGCAUGUAUUUGGCAGAUUUGUUGUGGUGUGGAGAAUCCUUCAUAUUUGUAGGUGAUGACAUGAUAACCAAAAUUCUUUUUACAGCACAUCAAGUUUCUGAAAUGUUGUGUGAAAAAUCUUUGAUUAAAACUGUGUGUGUCAGCAUCUGUUAUCAGAAAGUGGUUAUGUUGUACAACUUUUAUAUUUAUACAGAAGUAUUUAUUGUCUCAUGGCUAAGGGAUGUAGUAUGAUAUUUGUUGUCAUUAUUCUAGCCAGCAAAGUUAUGAUGUAAAAGGUAUUUGUGGUUUCCAGAUCCUUUGUUGCAAUACUUCAAAAAUACACAGUGAGAACACCCAACACUGGUAAUUGACCUUGACGGCAGAGUGGUGCUGGUGCACUCAUUGUGCCAUUGGUACUUGUAGUAAUUGCUCCUCAGUGUGUGUGUUUCCAACAAAAGUACCACUUACCAUCUAGGAAAGGAAAAGCUGGCAGGAAGGUGUCUGAAAAUUAGUUGUACAAUUGGAGUAAUGGUUGCACUAAUAGACUCAUUGCCACAAAAAAUGCAUUCACAGAGGCAAAUGAAGUCUAGUAUGGAUAGAGAGAGAGAGAGAGAGAGAGAGAGAGUAUGUAUGUGUGUGUGUGUGUGUGUGUGUGUGUACUCAUUUUGGCACCCACACAAAAUGGACUCCUUCUAUAAGUGGUGCUGUUGAUGUGUAUUUCCUGUCACAAGAAUAUUGAUUAACUUUGUCAUGAGUUAGUUAUUUGUACUAGACAGAGAAUUUAAUCAAUUUGUUAGAUAUGGUCCUUGCAUAGUGUUGUGGCCAUCAGAGCAAAGUGUAACCUUUUCAUCAUGAAAUAGUGCACGCCUUAUGAAUACUCUUAGUACAUUGUGAAAGUACUUAGCAGAGUGAAACCUUAAAUUACUAAAUAUGUAGAUAUUGAUUUGCAUUGUCAUUUUGUAGAAAUUUGGUACUGUAACCAUGUAUAUGCAAUGGCACAAAGAGCACUGAUAAAAUUACUGUAGAAACAUAGAAA